AUGACGGCUGAUAUAGAAACGUACUCUGCUUCGUUCGCCUUCUUCGAGGGCCUCUACGAGGCAGGCGUUUCCCAUGUAUUCGUCAACCUCGGCUCAGAUCACCCAGCUAUCAUGGAGGCUUUGGCACAUGGCGCACAACUGAAGGGGGUUAAGUUCCCCACAGUCAUCACUUGUCCUCAUGAGAUGGUUGCGAUGUCAAUGGCUGAUGGGUUCGCUCGUGUGACUGGAAAGCCGCAAUGCGUUCUGGUUCACGUAGACGUGGGAACUCAGAUGCUUGGGUGUGCGGUUCAUAAUGCGUCGGUUGCACGUUGCCCUGUCUUCGUUUUCGCAGGCCUAUCUCCGUUCACACUUGAAGGAGAGCUACGCGGAUCCCGGACCGAGUAUAUCCAUUGGCUCCAAGAUGCUCCCGAUCAACGACAAAUCGUCUCACAGUACUGUCGGUAUACGGGUGAAUUCAAAACCGGCAGGAACAUUAAGCAAGUUCUCAAUCGAGCACUGCAGUUUGCAACUAGCAACCCGAAGGGACCUGUCUACGUAGUAGGCGCUCGGGAAGUCAUGGAGGAAGAAAUCGCUCCUUACAGCCUCAACCAGACGGCUUGGGAGCCGAUAGCCCCGACAGCCUUACCCACGGAAGCUUUGGAUUUGAUCAUAUCGACGUUGGUUCAGGCUAAAAGGCCUUUGAUCAUUGUGGGGUAUACGGGACGUAAUCACGCGACAGUGAGAGAACUAACCUGCCUGGCCGAAAGCAUCCCAGGAAUACGCGUUCUCGACGCCUUGGGGAGCGAUGUUUGCUUCCCUUACUCUCAUCGGGCCUCGCUUGGUGUUCGCAUAGGUCGCGACACAAGCAUUGAGGAAGCUGAUGCUAUACUUGUCGUUGAUUGCGACGUGCCUUGGAUUCCGACCCAAUGCAAAGUUCGAGACGAUGCCAAAGUCAUCCACAUCGACGUUGAUCCCUUGAAGCAAAACAUGCCGUUGCACUACAUCCCAGCAUUUCGGCGCUACCAGGCAGACUCUGAAACAGCACUACGACAAUUGAACCACUACGUAGCUCAAGACUUAACUUACUCUCAGCUUUCGCACCUUCCCUCACAUGAGGAUCGACGGUCUGAGCUCGAGGAGGCCCACAACAUUCGAAUGAGGCAACUUGACGCUCUGGCAGAACCACCGGAAGACGAAUCGCAGUAUCCCACAACGUCAUAUCUCGUCUCCCAACUGCGCAAAAUUUGUCCUGAGGAGACCGUAUGGUGCGUCGAGGCCGUUACGAACGCUCCGAAGAUUUACGAUCAGCUCAGAGUCGAUAGACCCGGCCAUCUCAUCAAUUGUGGCGGUGGCGGACUGGGUUGGUCUGGUGGAGCGACUCUCGGCGUAAAACUGGCUCUUGAUUUCAUUGGAAAGGAGCGUGGAGAGACGAAUUUCGUGUGCGAAAUUGUUGGAGAUGGCACGUAUAUGUUUGGCUGCCCAGGAACAGUUUAUUGGGUGGCCCGCAGGUACAAUCUCCCCACGUUGACGAUCGUGUUGAGCAAUAAAGGUUGGAACGCGCCUCGCAACUCGCUCCAGCUGGUGCAUCCUUCUGGCUACGGAGCUGCUUCAUCGAACGAGGACUUGAACAUCUCGUUCUCACCGACGCCAGACUACUCUGGUAUUGCGAAGGCAGCAUCAGGCGGCCAAGCUUGGGCUGGGGUGGCGAGCAGUGUUCAAGACUUGGGAGAGAUGAUUCCCGCGGCAGUUGAAGCUGUGAAGAGUGGUAUGUCAGCUAUUUUGGAAGUCCGCUUGAACGGAUCCUGGUAG